AUGUCGGUGUUGCAGCUGUUCCGAGCAGCGCUUCAGCUGCUUGCGGACAGCUCAGCCUGGGCCAAGGGACUAGCUAUGGCGCGACAGGAGGGGGGAGAGGGUGCCCUGAGGGACACGCCGCAGCCGCCAGCGAUGCACGUGGUGGGACGUCACCUGCCCACCGGCUCGGAGGUGGUUGGGGCCGCGGGCUCCCUGGACUGGGCCCUGUGCUGCCGGGCCUCACCUUCGGGUGCGGAUCUGGCGGCCACUCGGGCUGCAGAGGCGGCUAAGGACAAAUUGGCCAAACAGCUCCGAGCGUUGGAUAACUUGGCGCUCAAGGUGGUGGGUGUGCAGCCGCUGUUGGGGGUUGCCCGCGGGACGGCGCCCUUUCCGCCGCCGCCGCACCCUCUGGCGGGGCCCUCCGGGGCUUCGGCGUCCACAGCGGGCAGCCACACAGGUGGCGGCGUCAUUCCCCGCUGCCUAGACCCACUGGAGGUGCUGGUGACGCUGGAGAGCUCAGGUCCGUACCCUCGAGAGUCUUGA